CCCCUCACAGACGUCAGCUUGAGCUGCCCCGCCAAAUCAUUGAGAACCCCUCCAUAAACCUGUUCCUCCACUUCAUCAUAACACCAUCUUAUCUUGUUCAGUCAACAACAAAAAGGAAAUUAUACACAAUGGCUGAUAUCGAUCUUCAAGCUGUUCAUGAUGAGCUCGUCUCAGUGGCCUACGAGGCCGGAGCCAUGAUCUUGGCUGCCAAUCCUGCUGAGCUCGACACCGACACCAAGCUCAACUCCGUCGACAUUGUUACCGAAGCAGACAAGGGCGUUGAAAAGAUGGUCUCAACCCGCCUCUCCUCAUCAUUCCCCUCAAUCUCCUUCAUGGGCGAAGAGACAUACAAGCCUGGAGUGAGACUUGGCUCUGAGCCAACUUUCGUUGUCGACCCAAUCGAUGGAACAACCAACUUCGUGCACUCAUUCCCCAGCGCCUGCAUCUCUCUCGGUCUCGCAAUCGAUCGUCAGCCCGCCAUUGGCGUCAUCUACAACCCAUGGCUCGACACUCUCUACACCGCUAUCAAGGGCCGCGGCGCCUUCCUCACACACGGUCGUGGAAAAGAACCUCGCCGUCUCCCUCUCGCACGCUCACCGCGACCCAUCGAGGGCCUCGGCAGUUCUCUCGUCGCUGUUGAAUGGGGAGCGCAACGUGACGGACCCAACUUCGACAUCAAGGUCGAAGCAUUCCGAAAGCUCACAGCGACUCCUGAGAAUGGCGGAUCAAUGGUUCACUCGUUGCGGUCGAUGGGCUCUGCUGCGCUGAACAUUGCUGCUGUGGCCGCGGGACAGGUUGACUUGUACUGGGAGGGUGGAUGCUGGGCGUGGGAUGUUUGUGCUGGAUGGGCGAUCCUCAAUGAGGCUGGUGGUCGCAUGGUACAUGGAAACCCGGGCAAUUGGGAUCCUGAGCUUGAGGCGCGCGUAUAUCUUGCUGUGCGAGGAGCACCAAGUGGCCAGAAGGAGCUUAUCGAAGAGUUCUGGGGUGUCCUUGGCGAUAAGAAGCUGGAUUACUCUGUUUAGAGCCGCCAUGAGGUAUAAUGGGGUGUUUUCUUAGAAAGAGGGGGACCAUAUAGAGAAAACGAACGUGAACCGCGAUAAUGGAGAAAACG